AUGUCCUCAACAGACGACGAGCGCUCCCCGAAGCGUCAGCGUCGCUCCUUCAGUCCACCCUCGCCCAUUCCAGCGGACGACACCAAGGCCGCCUUUGUCCAACCACCUCAGACACCACCUGCGAGCGUGCACAUGUCUCCGUCCUGGCAAUCCUCCUUAUCCCAGCAAGUGGGUGGCGGGAGCUUUCCCACUCCGCCCAGUACGGCCGGCUUUCAGAGCCAGCAGAGAGUGGGUGGUAGUGAGAGUGGUGAGCCGACGCCGGUGCCGGAGGAGGAGCAAGUGAGGGAGGCGUAUGGCGUCGCAGAUACGCCUGACAAGCAGGAUGAAUUACAGCGGGAGCCCCAUCUGGGCAAGCGGAAGCGAGAAGCAGAUGAUGACGAUGAGGAGAACACGGCGGGCGCAAAGCACAGAAGGACCGAUCACGAGCGGCAAGACGACACUAAUGGCGGCGAUGGAGCGGAGUCCCUACAACCUCCACCACCACCUCCGCCACGGCUAUUCAAGCUCUCUGCCAAACCCAUCGCACCCACCCGUCCCCUCCCAAGCGAGAACAUCCUAUCCCUCUACUCCCUCACCGUCGUCCAAGCCUCCGUCGCCCGCAAAGACGCCGCCGGCAACAAGAUCAACAAACUUCGCAAAUCCUACGAGAACAAGGUUAAGGCUCUUGGUCUCAUGGGACGGACGAAGCCGCAGGAAGGCAAGAAUGAGUUACUCGGCCUGCUGGAUCCGGGAUGGGAUAUGGAUAUCGGGCAGGGGAGGACGAUGUUCGAGGCGCAUGCGGCGGAGUGUUUACUCGGGGAUCGAGCGAGCGAGCAGGAUUUGACGAGUAAGCUUAACGUGGCGUUGAGGCUUGCGCCGGGCCAUAUGCCGAGGACGGAGCACGAGAAGUGGAAGAACCUGCUUGCAUUGGACGAGCCGAGAGUAGGGACGCCGGUGCAGGCUGCGACGAAGCCGGUCGGUCUUCAAAUGAACCCGGCAUUGGCGAAGACGGCGCCGGGACAGCCGGGCCCGCAGUUCGCCGUGCCCAGGUCGCCCUUGGCCGUGAAUGGUGUCGCGAGACCGGAGCGGUCGGGCAAGAAGCGAAGGUACGAUGAGAGUAGUUAUGCGGGGUAUCAUGAAGGGUACGAGGAUGAUGGGUAUAGUACUGGUGGCGGGGAUGAGACGGGGGCUAGACGGGGGAGUGCGUCGAAGAGAUUGAGG